GCCUAAUGAGUAUUUAGUUCGAGUUUGUAUUUCGUUUGGUACGGAUGGGAGGCAGUUAAAGUGUCGCGCCUUCGCGACUUUUAUAAUAAUCACAAUAAUAAUAAUAAUUAUCUUAUAUUACUACAACCACAACAACAACACAAAGCAAAGCAAAAAAAUAAAGAAGAAAAAAAUAAAUAAAUUUGUUUCAACAAAAUUAAAAAAAAAAUAAAUAACAACAACAAAAAAUAAAUAUUCGCUCUCUUUCUCUUGCCACACAUACAACAAAGAAGAAAAGAAGGAAUAUAUAGAUAAAAAAUAUUUAUAUAUAUAAAAUGAUGAGAAGAGGAAAAAAUUAAAAAAUAAAUCUAAAAUAUUUUGAAAUGUGUGUGUGUGGAAAAUUGCAGGAAAAUUCAAAGUUGAUAAAGAAGAAGCAGAAAAGUGUUUGAUUGAUAAUUUUACAAGAAUAUUCAUAAUUGAGUUUGUUGUUUUUGUUGUCUUCUUCACUGCAAAAUGCCGUCGUUCGAAAUGAAUGGAAGAUAGAUGGAAAGAAGAAGAAGAAGUGAAAACGGAAAGGAAAAAAGUGAAGAAAAAUUUUUUUGUUGAGUUUGAAGUGCAAUGCAAAAGGCAUUUGGAAAACAAGAGUUUUUUAGCUGACUCGUUGAAUUCUAUAUAGGAAAAAAAAGAAGAAAAAAAAAACACAAAAGAUUUACUUUAUUUCUUUGGGCCAAAAUGAAAAUGUGUUGAAAAAUAACAAAUGAAUGUUAUUUAAAAAGAAAAUUAUGAAAAAUUACAAAAUGUCUGCAAUAUCUGCAAAUACUUAAAACAAAAUACAAAUACAAUUACCAAACCAACAACAAAUAAAUAAAUAAAAAAAAUCAUAUUUACAAAUGUUAAAAUAUUCUUACAACAAAUAAUAAUAUUUAAAAAAAAUGAAAUCAAUACAAGUUACAUAUAAAGUGUAAAAAAAUUCAUUGUUAACAAAUAAAAGUGUUUACUUAUAAAAAAAUAAAUAUUACAAAAAAUUUUCUAAGACGGUUUCAUAACAUCAACAAAAAUUAAAGAAUUAUUAUUGCACAAAACAACAACAAAUAUUUAUUAUCAACAAAAUACAUAUUUAUUUUGCACAACAAUUUCAAAACAUAAGAAAAUUACAAAAUUAGUGCUACUUGUUGCAAAAUUAACAUUUUGCAUUCUCAAACAAGCCGCUGGACAACCAACUCGCAAAAUUUUGGGAUUAAUACAAUUUUUUUUCUCCAAAACAACAACUAUGGCGAAUUUGUUUAUAACCUAAGAAACAUAGAGGAUAUUGAAAAGAACAACAAAUAUCUAAAAAGUUUGACAAAAAUCUACAAACAAAUAAUUAAAUAAAUAAAACACCAACAACUUCUACGCGUUUUUUCGUUCGUUUAUACGGUUCGUUCGUACGUUUUCGUUUUCGCCAACCGUAUUGUGAUUUUUUUGAAAUUCGGUGUAAUCGUGGAAACAUCAAAAGCCAAGCGACAUAAUAUUGGUGACUUCGUCCAAGUAUCAUCUCCAGCAGUGCGCCGCAAACGGAGGGUAGGGCUUAUCUAACGCUGCUGCUAACAGAUGAGCCCCAACAACACAUGUCAAUUGUUGCAGCCGAAAAUGCAGGGCUUGGCCCAUGUGAUUUACCAGACCAUUGGGCAACAUUGUCGUCGUCACCAUCAUCUCUCUCGCCAAACGCUAAAGCUACAACAACAACAUUUUCGUCAAACACCUUUGGUGCAACCAUUGCAGCCAACGCAAAUUCCCUUGGCAAAAUUAACACUAGCAACAAAAUCAACAACAACAUCAACAGCGGCGGAGGCGGCCUCAGCUAUUCUCCCCACAAAGCAACAACAAACAACAGCACAACAAUUGCUUCGAACGCCGCCGGCAACAUUAGCACUGCCUCAAGGACCCAGUCAACGGCGGCCGCCACAGCAACGAAUACCAUAUCCACAAAGUCGCCAGCGGCAGAGGGGGCCAUUAGCCCCAUUGGCGGUCGGCAAACUCCGGGGAACGGGCGUACAAACAUUUGCAAUCUGCCACGUUCAUCGCCGGCGGCAGCAACAGCUGCUGUAACUGUUUCCAACAAUACUGGAGCAUCAGUGUUAGGUCAGCUGGCACCGGUCGUACCCACAUCAGCCGGUGUUGUACCCCUCCCCACCACUAUUGGAAGUCGAGGUAGUGUGGGAGGCGGUGGAGGGGCUGUCACCUUGAACAACAACAAUCUUAAUAACAACAGCAACAAUAACACAAACACCACCAGCAACACCAACAACGGCAAUACCUCUUUAAACUCUUCGUCGUCGACAUCUUCAUCAUCGUCGUCGUCGUCAUCCACCUCCUCCUCCAACUCAUCAUCAUCAUCGACCGCAACAGCAGCAGCAGCAGCAACGGCGCCAAUCACAGCCACGGAUCGUGUUUCGCCAAAUACAGCUGCUGCCGCAAAUUUGUUGUUGGCCCGUAUAUCUGCUUUGCAGCAGCAGCAGCAACAACAACAACAGCAACAAUUCAAUCUGCAGCAACAACAACAGCAACAAAAUUUAUUUCUGAACACUCAGAAUUCCAAUAGUUUAUUUAACAACAACAAUAACAAUUUGUUAACACAAAAUUUACAACAACAACAGCAGCAGCAACAACAGCUACACAAUCAUCAUCAGCAUCCCCAAUUGGCACAAGCUGCACUGCAUAAAGCUGCUGCAGCCAAUUUUGCUGCCGCUCUCCAACGUCCUGCCAUUAUGAAUGCGGUGGCAUCACCGAUCUCAACCAAUUCAACGACGUCGUCGAAUCGUAAGAUACGCAGGAAAAACGAUUCCAAAGCCAAUUUGCCUCAAUCCCAAAUCAACAAAUGCAACAAUGAGAAACGGCGUCGUGAAUUGGAAAACAAUUAUAUCGAGCAACUAUCCGAAUUUUUACAGCUUAACAGACGCGGUGAUGCAACAUCGAGCAAACCGGAUAAGGCGGCUAUAUUAAAUCAAGUUGUAAAAACGUAUCGUGAUAUUUGUGACAAAGGCCAAAGUCGUGAUAUAUCCUCCUCAACACCAGCUAACACAACAUCAGCCACAACAGCAACAACAUCGUCGACGUUGUCUUCUACGAAUCCAACCAAUGCAACUAGUACGAACAACAACAACAGCAGUAGUAAUAAUAACAACAACCAAACAACCUCAACACGUUGCAGUCGUUGUGCCACCGACAAUUGUUCCAUACAUCCGGUACAACAGGGUGAAGUCUCAUCAACCGAACCGCCACUGCCCGAACCAUCACUGCUAAAUGGACAAGUGCCAGAAAUAUCGGCCUAUUUUGAAGCUUUAGAACAUUACAUCUCUUCGGUCGGCUGGGUUUUGCUGCAGGUUAAUGCCGAAGGCAUUAUCGAGUCCUGUACACAAAAUAUCAAAGAAUUAAUUGGUUAUGAAAAACAAGAAUUAUAUCGUAGACCCUUGUAUGAGUACCUGCAUGCGGGCGAUUAUGCCAAAUUGGAUCCCAUUAUAAAUAAUAUGUCAUCGACCCUUUCGGGAGGAGUAGGAGGUCUGGGCGCAGGUGUUGGUAUUGGCGGCAAUGGUCCCAACAGUGCCGGCAGUGGUAAACACGAUCUAAACUCAGGUUGGGGUCUAGGUGAUGUUGAUGAUCACAAUGGUGGUGGCGGUGGAGGUGUAGGUGGCAUUGUUGGAGGCAAAUCGAAACGUAGCAUUUCGACAAAAGUCCGAAUGUUAGUCAAAGAUACACGUUCGGCAACCCAAACCUCAGGUUCUUCGUCGUCUUCAUCAUCGUCAACAACAACCACAACGACCACAAAUAAUACAGAUAGUAAUUCUAUGGACCAAAAAUCGAAAUUCGAAGAAGUUGUUUUAAUAGCAGCGCCCGUUAAAGACGAUGCUGAUUCUGCCUCUUCUGUUUUAUGUUUAAUUACCCGACCUGAGGACGAAUCGCCUUUGGAAAUGAACAUACAACAACAUGUCCAGCAUCCAACCAUUGAACAGGUUACCUUCAAACUAGACAUACAUGGCAAAAUUAUUACCCUCGAUGCCACAAGCUUGCGUGAACCCUACAAAAAGCAUUUAACCCAAUGGGUGGGACGUUUGCUGCAGGAUCUGUGUCAUCCUCAGGAUUUAUCAGCUUUAAAGACACAUCUCUGUGAUGUCCAAAAUUCAGCGGCCGGGGUAAAUGCGAUCAAUGCCUCACAAUCGCCAGGCAGCAGUGUGGUAUCAAUUAACCCGCCCAUAUCAAAUCAUAUAUCGAAACCAUUUCGCCUUUGUCUGGGGACACCCGAUGUCUAUGUUCAUGUCAAGGCCAAUUCGAGAUUGUUCCUUAACCAUACGCCGGGUGAGAGUGAUUUUAUUAUGUCGGUACACACGCUGCUGAAUGCUGAGAACGAUAUGAACAGCAAUAGCACCAGUAUGCUGAGUGGCAACAGUGGAGGACUACUUACAACCGGUUCAUUGGUAUCAUCUUUGGUUUCCAGCCUAUCAAUGGAUUCCUUGGUGAAUACAAAUUCGAUGUCAUCGCCUUUGGUGAAUGUCUCAGGUUUGGGUGGUUUAGUAGGUGGUGGUGGCGGUGGUAUGCCACCGCAACAGCAGCAGCAUUCGACACAGACAAUAAGUGUGGGCGGACCCCUGAUGACAUCGGCAGUUAUUAAUGGCACCGGCAGCGGGGUUGGCAGUGCAGGAAACAAUAUUGCCAGCGGCUUGGGUUCUGUACAAAGAUCAUCUUCCACAACAGCUACUACCUCGGGCAUUGUCUCCAACAACUCAUCAAUGGUGAACUCGUUUCCCGCCUCUCCGGCCGGCCACGAACCGCCAUCGUUUUAUAGUAACGACUUUGAUUUUGACUUAAGAUCUUCUUCAUUCGAGGCCUGGAAUGAUUCAAGACCGAACUCACGGGCUUCGGUAACAACACCCGUCAGUACACCAAGACCGCCGUCGGCUGGUCAUGGUUAUAGUCCAGCUAUUUGUCCAUCGCCCUCAACGCCGUAUCAAUUGUCAUCUCAUUCGGCGGCUAGUUUGCCCUCUCCACAAUCGAAUGCAAGUCAAUCGGGUGUCGGUGGCGGCGGUGGUAGCAGUGGUGGCGGAAAUCCUUUUGGCAAUUUUGGUUUUCAUUCCUUCGAUAGCAGUAGUGAUAAAAUGGAUAAGGAUCCUAUGAAUAAUAAUAACAACAACAAUAGUGGUAGCAAUAACAACAUGUCUGGUAUGCCAGGAAAUUUACCAAACGGUGGCAAUGGUGGUACCAAUCCCCUAAUGAUGGGUGGUGUUGUUGGUGGCAAUUCUGGUGGUAUGAGUGGGUCUCAACAACAACAGCAGCAGCAGCAGCAACAACAAAGCCAACAACCUCAAAACCCUCCCACAGAAUCGGAACGUUUAAGACAUUUACUUACCAAUAAAACACAUUCAUCAUCAAUGCAUGGCAGCGAUGGAGAUGACAAAGAUAAUUUGUUGAAGGUAAGGAAGAAAGAACUCUAUAAGCAAGAGGAUGACAAGGAGGGUCUGCAGGCGAGCUUAGGUGGUAUGUUUAAAAUGGGCCCUGGUUCUGGUCCUGGAGGCGGUAUGCAGCGCAUGUUCAGCAUGAGUGGCAUGCAGAAACAAGCUAAUUCCAGUAAUCCCAUGUUGCUAUCGCUUCUCAAAUCCGAAGACGAUGAAAACAACAAAGGCAUGUCGUCUAUGGGCCGUUCCAGCGACAUGGUACGCAUUAAGGAUGAACCGCAUGGUUCCCAUCAAAAUCCCAAUAAUUUAACCACCGAAGAAUUGUGUCGAAUUUUGAAGCAUCAAGGUGAUCCGGCUAUGACACGCAAGCGAUCCCUUAACGACCCCGAUGAUGGUCUUUCGGCCAAGAGAUCGGACGAUCGCCCUUCAAAGUUGUGUGAAAGAAAUAAAAUGCUUGCCCGACUGCUAAGUAAUCCGCCAAAGAAUAUUACCAUGAAUAUUACGCCUGUUAUAAAAACAAUUCCGGACAAGGUGCCCACCAGGGGCCCGGGCAAUAUUGUCUCAUCAAUGGGCGGUGGCACAACCAUGGGUCUAAUGCCCGGAAAGGCUUCAACCAUUACAACGAUGGCCAAUAGUGGCAGUAUGAUUGGUCCAGGUGGUCCGGGACGAGGAAGAGGUUUGGCGCAGCAACAAAAACCGUCGCAACAACAACAGCCUUCCGAUGUCUACCUCAAUCAACAACAGCAGCAGCAGCGACAGGGUCUGGAAUCCUCGGCGGUAGGUUCGAAUUUACAACGACUACCACAAUCUCAUCCUCAGCAGCAGGGCAGUCAAAUGGACUUCUCAUCGUCAUCUACAACGGGAGAUCAUCCGUUUGCCACCCCACCUCUUAGCACAACAGCUCCUUCAACAACAGCUACCUCAAAUUCAAGUGCAACAACGGGUACCUCCUCUUCCACAUCCUCCCUCAGCUCCUCCUCCACAUCGGGUAUCUUGGGUGAUGGUGAUCAGGAACUAUCCAAAAUACUGGACAGUGUUAUGGACUAUGUGCCUGAUGACCAGCCGACAGGUCUUACACCGCAACAGAUCAACGAUCAAUUGGCCAUUAGCGAAAUUCAGAAAUCGUUAAUGAGCGAGACAUCGGCUUUUCGUAUGGGUCCCAUGGGUAUGACGGCACAACAAAUGUUGCAACAGCAGCAGCAGCAACAACAAUCCCAGCAGCACCAACAACAGAUGCAACAGCAUCACACACAACUACAACCUCCUGCAUAUCCAGGUAUGGGCGGUGGUGCGGGCAACUUAACGCCCCAACAGAUAAUGCGAAUGCAAGCGUUACAAAAUAUGCGACCCAAUCAGAAUAUGCAAAAAGCUCCACCAAAUUAUCCAGCAAGUGGGCGUGCUGGUCACAUGAAUGCUGUCUCAACGCCGAGCGGUGUAAUGGCGGCACUGUCGCAGUCACACUUUCGUAACAUGACCCAACAGCAAAUGGGUCAACAGCAGCAACAGUUACUGGCUCAUCAGAAAGAUCGGUUGCUGGCGCAACAACAGAAAGAACGUUUACUGCAGCAACAACAAAACCAGUUGAUGCGUGUGCCGGAAAAUGCCACAGCUCGGGAUCAGCUGUGUCUCAAUCCUGGUCUCAACAAUAUAAGUACCUUGCUCAAUACCGUGGCACCCAAUGUCACCUUAUCACGCACAAAUUUACCACCCGACUCACAAUUAAUGUUGCAGCAACAGUUAAGUCCGGGUCAACGCAAUGCACCCUUUAGUCCACAAUCUAAUCCAGGCUAUGGUCCCCAAUAUCCACAAACUGCCGGCCAACGCUUGUCACCGCAACAACAACAGCAGCAACAACAAAUGGCUGCUUUCCAGGCAGGAAAUCCAGCAGCUCAGCUCUCACCCAGGCAACCACAUUUUGGCCAGCCGGGUGGCCCCAAUACCCCAGGUAGUGCUGGUAUACCCUCACCGGGCUUGGGACCCAAUUCCUCACCCCAGCAAUGGGGCGGUGGACCAAAUGCUGGACCACAAAGAGGGCAUUCAUUACAACAGCAUAAUCCAAUGUUAAGUGCACAAUUACAGGGAGUUAGUCCUUACAAUGCUAGACAAUAUCAACAACAACAACGAGGACGAGGCUUAAAUUCACCCAGUGGCACUGGACCUCAAGGUCCUUCGGGUCCGGGUAUUAUUGGCGGACCUCAGGGUCCAAAUGCUGCAGCUGCUGCCGCUGGUCUCCAGCGCCAGAAUUCAUUUCAGACAAACGAUAGUGGUUUUACACCGACACCAAAUUCCCCAUCACCCCAAUCACCCUUUGCAGCUGGCAAUGCAUUCCAACAACAACAACAAAACCAGCAACAACAAAUGCAACGUAUGCAACGGCAAAGUAGCAUACCGCAAGCAACUCAACAUUUGCCAGCUGGUAAUCCCGCCUCUUCAGAUUAUGUUAAGCAAGAAUUGCGCGCUGUGGUCAGUGGUCGUGCAGCUGCUGCGGCAAAUUCUGGUGGAGGUAAUGGUGUGCCCGGCGGUGGUGGUAACAGUGGUAAUCCGGGUGGCGGUAUACCUGGUGGUUUACGUGUUGGCACACCUCAAAGUCCAUUGGGCGCCCAGACACCGCAAGGCGGCGUUGGUGUUCCCGGAUCGAUGCAGCAGCACGGUACAAACCAUACAAAUCCUAUGGCCAUGACCCAACAACAACAGCAGCAGCAGCAACAGCCCCAGACACCAAGUAGUGGUAAUGGUUCAACCAAUAGUUCCGGUGUUGUAGGCAGCAGUAGUACAAGUGGUGGUGUUGCAUCAAUGUUACACUCAUCACCGGAUCCAACGAUGAGCUUUAGUUUUGAUACACAAGACUUCUUCGGUAGCAGCACUACAAGGUGACCCUAAAAUACGUUUUUAAUUUAAAGUGUCAACACACGAGCAUCUUCAUACCAGCAAAAUGAAAAUAAAAAACCACAACAACAACAAAUUGAAAACCUAAAUGGCGAAAUGAGAAACAAUGUCAUUUCCUCUAUAUAUACAACAACAACAAAAACACAACCAAUCAACUAUCCAUCCAUCCAUUCAUGCUCCCAACUAUAAUAUUUCCUGGUUGUUCAAAAGAAAAACGAGAUAUUUUUUUGUUCCAGAAACCCAACAAAACCAACCAACCAACACUGCAGCAGCAUAUUAUGAAAACUGAUGAAAUUACAAAUAAACACACAUACACACGUUCUACGUAACAUUUAGGUGCAAUAGUCUGUUCUUUUUUUACUAAAAAUAUAUAUACAUACAUAUAUACAUACAUGCAUAGUACAUAUACCUACCUAAGUAUAUAACAAAAAACAACUGCAAACAUGAAAAAUACACACACACAUACAUACACAGCGUAAGCAUUUAUUUAAAUUUAAUUAAGUGAAAAAAAAAAUAAAAAACGAAAUGAAAUAAAAAGUAAAACACAAAAAAUAACGAUGAGGAUGAUGAUGAUGAUAGUAUGUUUUGAAUUUAAGAACAACUUGAAAUAAAAGUAAAAAAAAAGAAAUAUUAAUUAAAAUGCAUUUUUAUAAGAAACAAAAUAAAAAAAAUAAUUGAAAAUAAUUUUUUUAUGUUUAAAAUAAUGAAAUACGAAAAUUAUAAAAAAAGAAGGAGAAACUAGAACCCUAAAAACCUAGCAUAAGUGCAAAGCAAAAAAUCCGGAUAUAUAAGAAAAGUAAUAGAAGAAGAAGAAGCCAAGCCGCCAGCCAGCCAGCCAUGCCGUUGGAUUCUUAAACGAAACCUGAUGAAAAUAUAGGGAAAAUGGCUGCAUGUUAUUUGUAUGAAAAAGAAAA